UGGUGGAUCCUGCCUCCCCUCUCUCCCCGCUGGCAGGGCCCCAGCCUCCUCCCCAGGUCUCUGCUGACAUCUCCUAGACCCUCUCCUGAGCGGCGGAGAGGUUGUGUGCAGGAAUGCGUAGAUGCCGUGCAAAGCUGUUGUGAAGUUUGGGGGGAAAAAAACAGCUGUUGGCUGGAUUUGAGUGUUUUUCUUGUCUUCUCCCCAGCCCUGGAGGCUUGGGGAUGGCUCCACUGUGGCUGCUGUCGGAGCGAGGGGGUCUGUGUACGUGCGGCAGCGGCCGGCACGCGGCUGCCUGCUCCUCACUGCAAUUUCUUGCCAAGCCACUGGCGUGUUCCAGGUCUCUGACUCAGCUCCCAGUUUGUGUUUCCUGGGAGGAUGUCGGGUGCUGGCCUGGUAGCUGGCCCCUGAGCAUCCCCUCUCUGCUCCUCUUCCUCGCCUCGGGCUGCGCAUGAAGUCCCAGCCCCAGGCGCCUAAAAGUAGCUGGCGUCCCUCUGCCUCUCCUGUGCACAAGGAGGAUCCAACAUCUUUCCUUGCUGCCGGGGCACGAAGAGCGGCUGGGCUGGGAUGUGUCCCUGGAGCUCCCUGGGGCGGUUGCUCUGGCUGCUCCGCUCGUCCUCUGCUGCCGGCUGCCUGGCAAGGGGAAGGGUUGCUGCCAGCUGGAUGGGGCAGGGCUGCUGCUCGGUGGCUCCGCACCCAGCUCGGUUUGCCUUCUGUGCUCUGAGCCUGCUGGGGAAGGGGCUCUGACGCCCUGGGGUGGGCUCUGGGGCUGGGAGGGCUGUGGCAGCAGCACCUCUGGUUUCUGAGGGCUGGGAGCAGCCAUACGUCUUGUCGUGAGCUGAUGCGGGCUGGUGGCAGGACAUGGGCUGGCUGGCCUGGGCAAUUCCUGAUAAAAUCAGGAAUUGUUCCAUCUUACAAAAGCAGAGGCCCCGUCUGAGCGGGGAGCUCUGACUCCUGAGGUGCACCGACCCCUCGGUGGCGUUGGGGACAGCUGCUCCAAGCCCUGGCCUCUCUGAGUGACAGCCGGGCCCCAGGGUGCUGGGAGGGGGCCGAGGAGACCCCCUUGCCCCUGGGCAAUUCCCUCCUGCCCUGCUGGCAGGGCGCUGGGGAGGUGUCCAGGCUCAUGGAGCCCAUGCCGUGCGACCACAGCCAACGGUGGGACCCUCGUGGGUGAACCCCGCUGCCCUGCGCCCGUUCGACGCCAGCCAGGCGGGGUCCCCCCAGCAGCCGGGGGCUGUGGCUGGCCCCGCGCGGGGCUGGCGGCUUCCUGGCUCCCUGGCCUUGGGCUUCCUGCUUUUCUUCAGAGCAGUGGCGCUGCCGGCCACGGGAAGGUCACAGCGCCGAGCGGCCGGGGGCCCUCGGUGGGGACAGGAGCUUUGCGGGACGGCUGGCAGGGGCUCUCUGCGCCUGUUGGGACCACCGCCGGCGGUGGCUGAGAUAGGCGCUGGGUCCCCACCCCUCGCCGGGAGCCCCUCCUGUGCUGCGCCCCAGCCCUGCGCAGCCCCCGCCGCGGCCAGAUCCUGCCCUGCCACCCGUGAGUCAGCACGGCCCUUCCGAUUAACGGCAGCCCCUUCUCUCCCGGGAGGAGCCGCUGCUCAGCACCGGCCGGGAUGCGGGAAGCAGCAGCAAUUAGCAGCAGCCACUGCCUCUCCCGCCGGCUCCCCAUCACAGCCAGGGGUCCGCGCUGAGCCCUGUCUUGCCUGCUGGACAGCCCACCUGUAUCCUGCUCCCUGGCAUCCUCUUCUUCCCGCUAGCCCUCCGGGAUAUGAACAAGCUGAGCUGUGGGAAGAAGACGCGGGUGGAAGGCGGCCAGCUGGGGGGUGACGAAUGGACCCGCCACGGCAGCUUUGUCAAUAAGCCCACCCGCGGCUGGCUGCACCCAGAUGACAAGGUCAUGGGGCCCGGGGUCUCCUACCACGUCCGGUACAUGGGCUGCGUGGAAGUCCUCCAGUCCAUGAGGGCUUUGGAUUUUAACACCAGGACACAGGUCACCAGGGAGGCCAUCGGGCUGGUGUGCGAGGCUGUGCCUGGUGCCAAGGGAGCUGUGCGGAGAAGGAAGCCCUGCGGCCGCUCCCUGAACUCCAUCCUGGGCAAAAGCAACCUGAAGUUUGCCGGCAUGCCCAUCACCCUGACCAUCUCCACCAGCAGCCUCAACCUCAUGGCUUCUGACUGCAAGCAGAUCAUUGCCAACCACCACAUGCAGUCCAUCUCCUUCGCUUCGGGGGGAGACCCGGACACAGCCGAAUAUGUCGCCUAUGUUGCCAAAGACCCCGUCAACCAGCGAGCCUGCCAUAUCCUGGAGUGCCCCGAGGGCUUGGCGCAGGACGUGAUCAGCACCAUCGGGCAGGCCUUCGAGCUGCGGUUCAAGCAGUACCUGAAAAACCCCCCCAAGCUGGUAACACCCCAUGACAGGAUGGCGGGGUUUGAUGGCUCUGCCUGGGAUGAGGAAGAGGACGAACCACCUCCAGAUCACCAGUACUACAAUGACUUCCCUGGCAAGGAGCCCCCCAUUGGGGGGGUCGUGGACAUGCGGCUGCGGGACGGGGCUGCACAAACCCCCAAUCACUUGGGGGCCACGCUGCCUGUCGGCCAGUCUGGUGGGGAGUACGACCCUCGGAAGCAGCAUGCUCCUGCCCAAGCAGGGAGAGAGAAAUACCCGGCUCCGGCAGGUGUGUUGGGACGCACAGACCUGUUCGAUGACCCGUCUUACGUCAACGUGCAGAACAUGGACAAGACGCGCCAAGCGGUGGCUGCUGGCACCCCCGCAACGGCCAACGGCAGCGCCCAGAGGGACCUCUUCGACAUGAAGCCCUUUGAAGAUGCCCUGCGUGUCCCCCCGUCUGUGCCUGUGGGGCUGCCCCCUGCCCAGGUGGUGGCCUCCAUGGAGGAGCAGCUGAGGCGGGAGCCCUGGUACCAUGGGAAGAUGAACCGUAAGGAGGCAGAGAAGCUGCUGAAGGUCAAUGGAGACUUCCUGGUGCGGGAGAGCACCACCACCCCUGGUCAGUACGUGCUGACCGGCUUGCAGGGUGGGCAGCCCAAGCAUCUACUGCUCGUGGAUCCCGAGGGAGUGGUGCGGACAAAAGACCACCGCUUCGAGAGCGUCAGCCACCUCAUCAGCUACCACAUGGACAAUCACCUGCCCAUCAUCUCAGCCGGCAGCGAGAUGUGCCUGCAGCAGCCGGUGGAGCGGAGACUGUGAGCGCCUGGGGGGGGCCCUUGGUGCGCAGCCCCCCCCCGCCCUGCUCCCUGCCCCAGGGAGCCCUCGGACCCUCAGCCACGUGCUGUGCCCGGGACUGAGCCUGGACAUGACUGGGGGGCCCGUCCCCCUCUGCCACGCGGCACUGGUGGCCGUGGGGGGGGGCCCAGGCGGCGUGGUGGGAGCUGCCGGCAGGGCUGGGGGGCUGUUGUUGCCAAAGCCCCCACCUCCUCCCAGCUCCAGCCUUUGCACAGCAGCUCAGCUCUUACCAAAAGGCGGCCCCGGGGCUGCGCCGGGGCCAUGCUCCCGCUCGCCGGUGUGCCCACGGGCUGGGGGCUGGCAGAGCCGUGCCGGGGGAGGGGGGGGCUGCCUCGCCUCGCCCCCUGCCCACGGGCCGUGGAGGGAGGGGGCCGUGGGGGGCUCGGCUCCCCCCAAGCACAAGGCCCGGCCAGCCCUGCACCGACUGUACCCGAUCACUUUACGUGUAACUCUGUGCCUUGACCCCGCAGGUCCCACUCUUAUGCAAAGCCGCUGGGCAGGGGGCUUGGGGACACUGCCCCCCCCUGCCCCCCCCGUGCCCCUUCCCGGGGACGUGCUCCCCCGCCCCCCCUCCCUGCCCAGCCCCCGGGGUCCCGGCUGGGCUCCGUCCCGGGGGGGGGGGGCGGGGUUGUCCCCCUGCAUGCACGGUGUUAACCCCCCCCCCAAGCCAAAGCGCAGCCCUUCCCCCCCUCCCAGC